AUGGAUGAAAUUAUGAAAGCUCUAAAAGUAAUCCCACUGGAAUUAGACGAUCACAAAAAAGCUAUUAGAGAAAGUGGUGAAAACGUGACACAACAAGUUACACAAAAUAUAAAUAAAAUAUUAGAGGAAAAAUUUUUUGCCCUAGAAGAGAAACAUGAAAAAUUAAAAGAAAUAGUAGAUAAUCAGGAGAAAAGAAUCAGCUUUCUAGAAAAGCAAGCCAGACAAAGAAAUAUAGUUUUCUUCGGCAUCGAAGAACUGGAAUCUUCAUAUGAUAUCCUAGGAAAAAAUAUGCUUAAAUGGUUAGAACAAAAUUUCUCAGUCAAACUAACCUAUAGUGACCUACAAGAAGUUAAAAGACUAGGAAAGAAAAACGAUAGACCACGUCCAGUAGUGGUAUCUUUCUUAAACCUGGACAUGAAGAUCAAAAUCUUUAAACAAAAAAGAGCACUGCAAGACACAGGUUACUAUAUGAAAGAAGACUACCCUAAACAAGUCUUAGAAAAGAGGAAACAACUACAAGAACAGUUAAAAAUUGAGAGAGAAAAAGGAAACAUGGCUUUCCUAAAAUAUGAUAAACUGGUCAUACCUAAACAAACAUCUAAAAGAAAGCUUUCUCCUUCACCAACAAAACCUACCGAGGACACGCCAAAGGAAAUAAACACACAAACAAAAAAGAAGAACAAACCACAAUCACAGCACGAUCCCAUGGCGAAAAGAACACACAGCACCUCAGAAAGAGUAAUUAAGCCGGGCAUGCUAAACUUCUUAACAAAUAAAAACACUGCAAUUGAUAAAGAAAUCUCCAAAAACAAGGCAUAG